AUGUAUCCUGAAGAGUCUGGCUUCCAGGCCAGACCUCCAAGGAACCUUUUUCUCACGCCUCCAGGCGUUAUUGGGAGACUUGGGUUUAUCCCCCCUCCACCACCACCCCCCCGCCUAAGAAACGGGACUUCAGGCUUCGGCCUACUUCCGGGUCUCCUCCCAGGAGAUCAAACAAGGACUCCCCCCGGAGAUGAUCGCGGACCCCACCCCGCUUCCGCGCCGACUCCCCCCCUCGCCACCGGUCAAGUACCUCUCACCGCCGUUACCCCUUCCCCACCGAAAUCUCCCCGCCGGUUCUCCUCCCCCCCGAAAAGUCCUCCUUCAGAGGACCAAGCACCCUCCCCUCCCCCGUCAUCCGAUGACCUCUCAUCGGAUGACCAGGAGUUUAAGGUAGUUCAAGGAAAGAGGAAGAAAAAGCCUUCUUCCUCAGUUCCUGUCACCAAGGCCAAGAAAGCCGCAGCCCCACCUGGCAUCAAAAUAGUGGUCCCAACCGUGGGAAGACUUCAGGGCUUUAAGCGCCCUUCUGAUAGGGAGAAACGUCCCUUACCACUCGUACACUCUCAAGGAAGACCGCCCCGUCCGGGUGGUCUUCAAGAACAUCCCAACGGAAAUCUCUGA